UAGUUCAAAUCAGCUCAGCUUCAAGAAACAAGCAUAAAAAACAGUUGAAAAAUGAAAUUCUUCAUCGUUGUUCUGGCCCUGUUCGCCGUUGCUGCUGCUAGGCCUCAAGAAGACAAGUACACCACCAAGUACGACAGCAUCGACAUUGAUGAGAUCCUGAAGUCGGAUCGUUUGUUCAAGAACUACUUCAACUGCCUGAUGGAUACUGGAGCUUGCACUCCGGAAGGAAACGAACUGAAGCGUGUCCUGCCCGAUUCCCUGGAGAACAACUGCUCUAAAUGUAGUGAAAAACAGCAAACGUCCAGCACCAAGAUCAUCAAAUUCCUGACCGAGAACAAGCCAGAGGAAUGGACCAUGCUGAAGGCCAAGUACGACCCAGAUAACAAGUACGUCCAGAAAUACGUUGCUGAUGCAGACAAGGAUGGAAUCAAGCUGUAAAGACAUUUUUCUAGUCUCAAAAAUAUACCAAAUGAAAUGAUCUUUCACAAA